ACAGAUGGCGAUAGGGAGUCCGCGGUUCUAAGUUCGUAGUGAAAAAUGGCCGGCGCCAACGAUUGUUUCAGCAUCGGGAGUACGGUGGCCUGUAAAACCUGUUACAAGGAGGAGAUCGAAGGCGAGGUGUUAGCAUUCGAUCCACAAACUAAAAUGCUAAUCCUAAAAUGUCCGUCAUCCAGUGGGUCACCAUCAUUAAACGAUGUACACAUAGUAAAUUUAUCCUUGGUAUCAGAGGUCCAAGUAAAGCGGGAAGUUAGCCCUACCACUAGCGAGCCACCACAAAGCCUUAAUUUACAAAAGCUGAACAGAAGAGUACGUAAUCAAAUUGAAGAGAAGAAAAAACUGGUAAUGGCUCUGCAGGCCGGAGUAUCUCCAGAGGGACAAAAACUCUUCAGUACUAUAUCAAAAACCAUCCCAGAAAUUACGUGGAAUGGACCAAAUAUUGUUGUAUUUGAUAAUGUCACAAUCAGACCACCAUAUAAAGUUGACAAUGUUCAUGGAAACAUAGAAUCUGGAGCAUAUAAACACGUAAAGAAAGUGGUUGAAAAACACAUUAAAGAUACGGAAGCGUCGCAACAGGCACAACAACAGCGGGAACAACAACAACAGCAACAGAAGCAAAAAGGAGAAGUUCCAGUCUUUGAGGAAAAGUAGGAAAUGACGAUAACGAGAUACUAAGAAAUUAAGAAAAAAAGUCACUGCAAAACUACUACAUAAGCCUAUCAAGAGAACCAGCAUCACAGAUUAAGUUCAAAUUUAUUUGAAUGAAAACGCAUUUCACAGGAAUCAAAUGUGAAUCGAUUAUCGAAAUUUUAAACGAGUAUCAAAUGUUUUGAUAAUAUCGUAUGAGCAGCAUUUUCAAAAUCAAUAAAACACACCAUACUAAACUUUUUAGUAAAGAGCAUAAUCUUUGACGAAGAAUGCUGUUUAUUGUAUCUAACAAGCUGCCAUACAACUUUAGGUUCUGCUGGAAUUACAUGUGCUCUGAUGCAGGUGUGUUUUAGUUUAGUUUAACAUUGUUAUAAAAUACGUUUAAUAGUUGUUUACAGAUUAUUGAUGUACAUGAUGGUAGCAUAAUUCGGUUGCCAUGUGAAUAUCAACUUUUUUAAAAAUACAAAUCGAUCGACGUGGUAUAAUUUAAGUCCGUAUGAAACGGUUCAAUAUAUUUUUAACUACUACACCACAAGUGGAAAAGUAACAAACGAUCAACGAAAAUUUUCAUACGCGAAACAUCCGACUUCAAUACUGAUUCAAAUUUUACGUUCACUCGCUGAUUGUAAUAUCAUUUCUUUUUAAUCGUUCAUUAUAGUACUGUCGAUCUCUUGUAAUUUGUGAACAAACAAACGAAGAGAAAAAAAAACAUGAUCGUCGCAAUUCGUUGCAAUUCAUCGCGCCUGCGUCGGCACGAGACGUAUUCGAUCGCAAUGUGACAUUGUAAACUGAAAAUGGAUAUCCCCUUGCAUAAAGCAAGCCAUAAAAUUGUUAUUUAAAUGAAGACAUCAAGCUUGGUUUGUGCAAGGGCAACCUAUACCUGUAACGAUAUAUUUACAGGUAAUUUCAUUUGCAAUGAUAAAAUAUAGAACUCGUCUCGUGCCCUUUACCUUUUGAACGCGGAAAGACAGAAGAAAAGAAAGAAAGAUGAUAAAAAUUAAUUACAUAAAAAGACACAAAUAAAUGUAAUAUAAAUUCUA